UGGCUGCUCUCAGCCAAUCAGAGCAAAGCCCGCAAAGAUCAAAAGAAAGGAUGAGCCAACCACCUCUGCUCCGAGCACACAUCCUGACAUGGAGCUCCUCUCGGGACUAUAUAUGAAGGAGGUCUUCAUGAGUCUCUUUGUAGGGACUUAAGAAGCGGGAUAAAGACUCUGGAAGAGACUUCUUCUGAUCGGAUAGAUCUGUGAUUUUAACUUUUCCACCCUGGAGCUGUUGGACAGGAUGAGCGCAGGCGCAGGAGAGUGUCCGGGGAAGGCCAGUCCGCACCGGGUGGACCACCUCCUCAGCGCCGUGGAGAGUGAGCUGCAGGCCGGCAGCGAGAAGGGAGACCCCACGGAGAGGGAGCUGAAAGUGUCUCUGGAUGAGAGCGAGCUUUGGCACCAAUUUAAAGAUCUCACGAAUGAAAUGAUUGUUACAAAGAACGGCAGGCGCAUGUUUCCGGUGCUCAAAGUGAACGUGUCCGGAUUGGACCCGAACGCCAUGUAUUCUAUCCUGCUGGACUUCGUCUCCGCGGACAACCACAGGUGGAAAUACGUGAACGGGGAGUGGAUCCCCGGUGGGAAACCUGAACCUCAGACUCCCAGCUGUGUGUACAUCCAUCCGGACUCUCCAAACUUCGGGGCGCACUGGAUGAAAGCUCCCGUCUCCUUUAGUAAAGUCAAACUCACCAAUAAACUGAACGGAGGAGGCCAGAUCAUGCUAAACUCCUUACAUAAGUACGAGCCACGCAUCCACAUAGUCCGGGUUGGAGGCCCGAGGAGGAUGAUCACCAGCCACUCGUUCCCGGAGACACAGUUCAUUGCAGUGACAGCGUAUCAAAACGAAGAGGUAACUUCUCUGAAAAUAAAGCACAACCCUUUUGCCAAGGCCUUCCUGGAUGCGAAGGAGAGAGUUGAUAGCAAGGACCUGAGAGAAGAGGCCAACGAAAACCAGCAGUCAGCUUACUCUCAAUUAGGUGGUUGGUUUCUCCCGGGCUCCGGCUCUCUCUGCCCUCCCUCCAGCCCUCACAGCCAGUACGUGACCCCCAUCGCCCUCUCUCCGUCCCACGGCUGUGAGCGCUACUCCACCCUGAGGAACCAGCGCUCCGUCCCCUACACCAGUCCGUACAGCCAUCGCACCACCUCGCCCAUCGGUUACUCAGAUAACUCGUCCGCCUGUCUGUCGAUGCUCUCGAGCCACGAGAACUGGUCCGGUCUGCAGAUGUCGACACACUCCAGCAUGAUGCCCAUGACCCACAAUCCGACCUCCGCCACCCACUCCAGUCAGUACACCGGCCUGUGGUCUGUGAGUAACUCGCCCCUGACUCCCGUGUCCCAGAACGGGGGGAUAAACAACAGCAGCAGCCUGAGCUCCCAGUUCCUCCGAGGGUCGAGCAGCCACUACCCGAGCCUGACCCACUCGGCCACAGUGCCCUCCUCUGGCUCUCCCAUGUAUGACGGCGGCACAGAGGUGCAUGACGCAGCUCAUUAUGACACGUCACCCCACGGGCAACUACCGUCAGCCUGGACUCCGGUGACUCCUCCCUCCCUCUGAUGGAAAUGAGCCUGUUGGAGUUAAAGGAAUCAAACCCACAAAAUGAACAGACUUUAUUUUUAAGUUUAUGAAAUGUUUUUUGAUGCACAUAUCAGGAAACACAUUUAUUCUUCUGUUUGCAAACCAGCUUAUAUUAAGCAUAACUGCAUGAUAUUCACGGCAGUAACAAAAGAAUUGUACAGAAUAUUUUGAGGCUUACUUUGUAAAUAUUGUUUUGUACCACGAUGUUGGAGAUGUUACGUCUCAGUUUAUGUUAAAAGAUUGUAAAGAUCAAUGAUGCUCAACUCUCCAUGUCAUUAAAAACCGUGCCGAGGUCUCUCUGCUGGCUCUUCUUGAGGCCAUCU